GGCGUGACGCUAUUUAUUGUCAUUUUAUGACAAUAAACCCAAAUGAACGUGCUUAAGACAUUGAUAAAUUUCUGAAGCAUCUACUGCUAACUAUAUUUUGUGGGUUGCGCUCUAGACUUAAUUGAUUCAGGCUGUUUUUGGCCCUGACCCGGUGCGUACAUUGGGUGAAUAGAUGCGACACUGGAUGGCAUUAGAACAAACCUGCUAUUGACUUCAGAACCAGCAAUGGCAUCUUCAAGUAAGGCAGACGACCACCGGCGUAAGUGGGACCGGGACGAGUAUGAGUCAAUCGCAGCACAGCGGCUGGCCGAGGAGGAGGCGCGCCGCGAGGCGGCCGACGAGAAGGGGCCGCCCGUGCAGCGCGAGCUGCUCCGCCAACGCGAGUACAAGGUGGACCUGGACAGCCGGCUCGGCAAGAGCGUCGUCAUCACCAAGACCACGCCGGCCUCGCAGUCGGGCGGGUACUACUGUAAUGUUUGUGACUGCGUGGUGAAGGAUUCCAUCAACUUCUUGGACCACAUAAAUGGAAAGAAACACCAGAGAAACUUGGGCAUGUCGAUGCGGGUGGAGCGCUCGUCUCUUGACCAGGUCAGGAAGAGGUUCGACAUGAAUAAGCGGAAACGGGAGGAGCAGAAGAAAGAAUACGACAUGGAAGAACGGCUAAACGAGAUCAGGGAAGAGGAGGAGAAACAGAAGGAGUACCGGCGCGAGCGGCGCAAGGACAAGAAGCGCCGCACGGCGGACGCGGCAGACGACGAGCCUGUCAACCCCCAGCUGGCGGCCAUGAUGGGCUUCUCGGGCUUCGGCGGCGCCAAGAAGUGAGGCGCCGCGCACUUGAGAUGUGUAGGGCGGCGGGCCGGCGCUGGCGCCGCGCUCCGGCACGCGCCGCGUAGGUCUCAUACUGAGCGCCGCGCAGCAUCGGACAGACCGGCGCGAGCGGCUCACACAGCCAGGCGCGAGCGGCGCCGAUGGCCAGGCGCGAGCGCCCCAGACGACCAGGCGCGCGCAGCAGUUGGCGGUGCAGUGCGAGUAUCUCGCACGACCGGAUGGCGCAUGGCAAGGCUACAGGACCUUGUCUUACGAUUUCGAAUCCGCGCCCUCGACGCGCCGCGGGGAGGAGCGGGCUGUCUUGUGAGGCUGGUACUAUGCUCGUGGACAUGAGUGCAGUGCCACCCGCGUGCAGUAACUGGUCUCGCAGUGUCAUGUUCGUGUGCUCGGGAGGAUAAUUCAUGCGACGUUCUGACAAUCGUG